AGCUCCAGCGUUAGCGGCAUGUAAGGAGUUAUUGUAGUCGUAGUGUCGCUAAUUAUUUAAUUUCUAAUUAAGCAGCAAUGUCUUCAGUUGAGAGUUUGAGAGAGUUUGUCAACGAGCGACUAACUGCUGCUGCUGAAGAAAUAUUCAGAGUUUUUAAAAACACUAUCGUCGAGUACGAGGAAGAGAUCGAUCGUCAGCGCAGACUGCUGGAUAUCGUUUGGAAACCCGAUUUAAAGUUACACAGGAUAGAGCUCUCACAGCAACAUGUCUGUAAGGAGGAGGAGGUUCUGGCUGACCAGCAGCUCUGGAUUCAGGAGAGGAUCCCCGGUCUGGACCAGGAGGACCCACAGCCUCCACAGGUUAAAGAGGAACAGGAGGAACUCUGUACCAGUCAGGAGGGAGAGCAGCUUGUAGUGAAGCAGGAGACUGACACCUUUAUGUUGACUCCUACUUAUGAGGAAAGUGACCACAGUGAAGCAGAACUGAAAAGUGACCACCAGCUCCUCUCUCACAACUGUCAUGUAGCUGAGAGCCAAGAUCAGAAAGGAGGCGAGCAUGAAGACUCAGGAUCAACUAGAGAUGCAGAGCCAAAACUAAAGAAUCAAGAUCACAACAGCAGAAGCCCCAGAAACAAUGUACACAAGUCUACCAUGUCAGAGGUUCACCAUAAUCCUCACACAGGUAAAAAGUCUUUCACAUGUGACACAUGUGGAAAAGGUUUUCAGUACAAAUCAGAUUUUCAGACACACCUGAGAAUUCACACAGGUGAAAAGCCGUAUUCUUGCAAAACAUGUGGGAAAUCUUUUAGCCGGAGGAGUCACUUGAAUGUCCACAUGAGAACCCACACAGGUGAGAAGCCGUAUUCCUGCAAAACAUGUGGGAAAUCUUUUAGUGAGAGGGGUCACUUAAAACUCCACAUGAGAACCCACACAGGUGAGAGACCGUACCUUUGCAAGACCUGUGGUAAAAUAUUCCGUGACCCUUCAACAUUGAAAAACCAUCUGAGAACCCACACAGGUGAGAAGCCGUAUUCUUGCAAAACAUGUGGGAAUUCUUUUAGCCGGAAUUGUUACUUGAAACUUCACAUGAGAACCCACACAGGUGAGAAGCCAUAUUCUUGCAAAACAUGUGGGAAAUCUUUUAGCCGGAGGAGUCACUUGAAUGUCCACAUAAGAACCCACACAGGUGAGAAGCCGUAUUCUUGCAAAACAUGCGGGAAGUCUUUUAGCCGGAGGAGUCACUUGAAUGUCCACAUGAAAACCCACACAGUUGAAAAGCUGUAUUCUUGUGAAACAUGUGGAAAAGAUUUCAGAGUUGGUGGUCAAUUGAAAAUCCACAUAAGAAGAAAACAUGGUAGCACUUUACAAUAACUACACACUAUAAAGCAUUAGUUAAGUAUUAGUAAAUACAGAAUUCAUCAUUUAUAAAGCAUUGUUCAUAUCUUAAUAAACAUUAGUAAGUCAUUCAUAAACACAGUUCUAAAUGUGUUAUUCUUUAUUAUCUACACCAGUGGUCGGCAAUUGGCGGCCCGUGGGCCAGAACUGGCCUAUCCAGAUUGCUUUGAUAGCAGAAAAAUAAAAAAUAAAUAAAUUGAUGACUAAUACUGAAAUAGAUCUCAGUCAUGACAGCUACAGUUACUCACAUAAUCACUUAUAAUCAUUUAAUCAUUUAAGAGGACUUAAAUGAUUGUGCCUCCCAAAAAAAAGUGCAAGAACGUUUUCUUUUACACCAGUGCUUCAUGUUGAGUUUAUUGAGAGCUUUUACUUUGAAAUGUUCUGAAGGACAUCCGAAAGAGUCUCUGGCUUACUUGACACAGCUCUGCAAAAGCCAUCACUAAAUGUGUGAUUGGAUUCCCCUGAAUUGAAUGAAAAUUAGUGUCCAUAGAUUUAUAAAUGCAGAUCAAACGCUGGGACGCACAUACACUGCAGCACAAGCUUUAUUGUGAAAAAGUGUCCUUAUAGGCUAAUCAAUUUGUUUGACAAGGGG